AGCGAGCCGCGAGCGCUCCGGGUCGGCAUGUGAUGGCAUCGAGUUAUUCGUUCAGAGUGGCAACUCUUUUAAAACCAGCUGACAGCCGAGAAUUGUUCUCGAACUUAUUUUGUCUCUGCCACCGAUCAGUCCCGUGUAACGCUAUACUUCCCGGGAUGCUCCGCGAAGGGGUGCAACGAGGAGCCCGUUUCUACAAUACAUAUAAGUACACUCCAGAGGGGACCUUAGAGCCCCGCUGCUCCAGCUUGACUCGCCAUUCCCCACAUUCUGCCCCACCAUCCAGUCAAACAUUAGUCUUCUGUCAAGAUGAUGUCUGUUAUGCCACAGCCAGCCCACCAGCCUGCGCAGCUGCCUCUGCACGUCGACGACCAUCAGCCCUUGGAUGUGCAGUUGAACGAGCUGGGUGACCUUGAAGACGCCCUGGAACCCUUUGCACAAUUAAUCCGUCGUUCCGGUCGUUCCGUGCGAUUGCACUGCACAAUUCCGACGAUAUGCUCCUCGUCGUAUCCCACAUGUUACGACCUUCACGACCUUCAUGAUCUACGUUCGCGUUCACUAUUAUUCGUCCAUAAUUUGGUGGAAUUGCUCCGCUCUUCGGGGAUAACUGCCUCUUAUCGGCUGCAGCCGUCCAAUUCCCCCAUCUGUCUUGUCUGUGCGUUGCCGUUAGGGCUGGAUGCGAACAAGAUGAAAGCUGCAGCGGCAGCAGCCAUCCAAAACGCGCACUUCGAGUCUAAGGAGAAAGCGUUGUUAGCUGACCUCCAGGACGGGCUCGCACUCAUCAUCACAUAGCAUCCUCGGACUCCCACAUCUUUUCUACUCUCUUCCUCUCAUCGGGCGACUGGAAUCUUUUAUACAUCAUCGUUUGUUUGUUCGACUUGUGUAUCUAUAUCCGUCUAGCUAUCCCCAUCUGAGUAGUCUCCGUGCAGUAACACUAGUACCGUCUAUAAGCUCUCUUGCAAUGCAUAACGCUAUCUUUUCUUUUUCACGUGCCUUAUCCGGAUCAACGGCGUGUUGCUUAUGCAGGAUCAUGCGGACAGGUCAAGCUAGGUUGCGCAGAACUGUGGCUCACCUUUCCUCCAUAUGAGCUGUUUCCAAUUCCAGUUCCCCCCCC